UGCUUGGAGAUUAAUGAUACUAAUCUACCUUGCACAAGAUUAUGUAGCAGGGGGAUGAGGACGUAUAGUAGAUGUCCUGUUAUAAGCACAAAGUUAAUUGUAAUUUCUGCGUCUGUUUUCUCAGCCGUGUUAGACUACAGCUACCUGGGUACCAACGCGUUAGAGGUGGCGCUGGAGCUGGGGUGUGACAAGUUCCCUGCGCCUGAGGAGCUCCCUCGGCUGUGGGACGACAACAGGGAGCCGCUACUGGCCUACAUGGAACAGGUCCACAUCGGCAUUAAAGGUUUCGUGCGGAACAACAAGGGGCAUGCCAUGCCUGGAGCCACCAUCUCUGUACAGGGGAUACAGCAUGACAUCAUAACCGGUAUGUCUUCUAUCUGUUAGUCCGACUG